AAGUUGGAAGUAACAUUAGACUAGGAAGAGUUAGCUAUAUAGAUAAGUCUUCAAGCAUAGCUGGAUAUUCUACUUUACUUUCAAACUACAACGGAAAACUGACAUUAGAACUACGUUGUCAAAGGAACAUCAAACGAAAGUCAGGAGAUAUAACGUUACUUCUUUCCCACGUGGACAGAAACGUGCUAACUAGCUAACGUUACUGUAGCCUUUCUACUGUAUCAGGUCAUCUAACUGGACUAUAUCUGUCUUGACAUUGACUUCAUUGUUGUUGUUGCCACGUGAGCAGGACAAUAUGAGUGGGGAGAGGGAAACGUUGAUGGAUGAAAUGGAACAGAGUUUAUACACUUUAACCAACGACAAUUUACGCUGCCUGUGUGAACGCAGUGGAAUAGGUGGCAAGGAUGGCUCCGAUGUUCAAGGAAAGAAUCCCCAUCACUCAUUGUGCCGUAAAAUCCUGGAGGAACUUGGGAAAAAUUUAGAUUCAAUGGAAUCGGAGGAGCAGGGAAUGUCUUGGUUACUCCAACUGAAAGAGGACAUCAGAAAGAUACAGGAGGAUGGUAGUGGUGCACCUUUGAAUCCCAGCCAAUCCAUUGAUGAUAAUGCUGUAGACUGUGAUGAAGAUGAGAACCAGAAGGACAUGGAUUGGUUACCUAGCAAAAGGCUGGAGGCGGAGCUCAUGAGUCCCAGCCAAUCCUUUGAUGACAAUACUACAGACUGCGAUGAAGAAUGGGAUGAGGAGGACAGGGAUUGGUUGCCUAGCAAAGGGCUGGAGGUGGAGCCAGCUCCAGAGAGACACACACCAGAGCAGAGGGAGAAGAGAGUGAGUGGAUCCCCCUCUCUGUCCUCUCCUGGUAAUGCCUUACUGCUGGGUUUGAAGAGGGUGUCUGUGUGGCUGGUCGACUGCAGGAAAACACCAGGGUUGAGAGGAACUGCUGGAGGAGGAGAGGAGGAGGAGGAAGGAGACGUGAUUCAUCAAAGAGAGAGACGUGGCAACCAUGGAUCUUCUGGGGAGCCUCAACAACAACCUCAUGCUGACAACACAGACUGGAGUCUCCCCACAUCAAAACACCUCAAUAAACAACCGCAGAGACAUGCAGGGAAGAAACCUCACCACUGCUCUGACUGCGGAAAGAGUUUCAGUGUUUUAUCAGGCUUGAAAAUCCAUCAAUGCACCCACACCGAAAAUAAACCAUUCCAAUGCUCCAAGUGUGGGAAAGGUUUUGCAAAGAACCACUAUCGAAAAAUACAUGAGAGAACAGUACAUGAGCCUCCCACAGAAAGGUCUUACCACUGCUCUGACUGCGGGAAGAGCUACAGUUUUUUAUCAACCUUCAAAAACCAUCAAAGAAAACACACCGGAGAGAAACCAUUUCAAUGCUCCAAGUGCAAGAAAAGUUUUGCUCAGAAAUCCACUUUAAAAGCACACUCGCAAACACACAUGCCUGCCGCAGAAAGGCCUUACCAGUGCUCCUACUGCGAGAAGAAGUUUUGUAUUUUAGCAUCCUUUAAUUUCCAUAUGAGAAUGCAUACUGAAGAGAAACCAUUCCAAUGUUCUGUCUGCGGAAUGCGGUUCAUUCAAGCCUACUUACUGAAAUCACACAAGUUUAAACACAAGCCCACCGAAGAAAAGCCCUUCAGCUGCUCAGAAUGUGGGACGGGUUUUGCCACUAAAGGUAGUCUCAAAUUUCACCAGCUGAUCCACAACCCGGGAGAGAGACCUUACCGCUGUUCUGAGUGUGGUCAUUGUUUCUCUCAUCCAAUAUAUCUGAGGAAACACCAGAAGAGACACAGUAAAGACAAGUCCAUUGUCUGUGAGCUAUGUGGGAAGACCUUCAACCAUCCAAGCAACUUCAGAACGCACAUGAAAAUACACCGAGGAGUGAAACCGUACCACUGCUCCGACUGCGGCAGGAGCUUCAUAUUCCGUCAAGGUUUAACAACACACCAGCGUGUGCACACCGGAGAGCUGCCUUAUGUCUGCGAUCAAUGUGGGAGGAGGUUUUCUCAGUCCAAUUCUUUGGUGACUCACCAGCGAACACACACCGGGGAGAAACCUUACCCAUGCUUUGUCUGUGGGAAGAGCUUCAGUCGGUCACAAAACCUAGCUGCACACAAGAGAACUCAUACUGGAGAGAAGCCUCACGCCUGUGAUCAGUGUGGGAAGAGGUUUUCCCGAACAGACGCACUGGCUGUACACAAGCGCACUCACACUGGAGAGAAGCCUUACAGCUGUGAUAUAUGCAGGGAGACAUUCACCUAUUUAGUAGCCAUGUUGAAACAUAAGAAAGGACAUGGUCAUCCUGCAGGUGAUGUACUCUGUGCUGAAUGGCCUCAGGACGAUUCCAGCUCUGUCUAUGAAUAGAGAAUAACUUUGUUUAACUUGCAGAAGACAUCAAUUUGUUGUUAUACUUACAAUCUAACACCCAGAGAGAGAGAGAGACACAAACACUCACACACAUGCAGAAAAACCCAGAGGGCGGCAGGUAGCCUAGCGGUUUAGAGCGUUCGACCAGUAACCGAAAGAUCGCUCAUUCGAAUCCCUGAGUCUGCAAAUGUUAGAAGAAAAUCUGCUGUCCUGCCCUUGAGCUAGCCAGUUAGCCCCCAACAACAACUGCUCCCGGGCACAUAUGAAGUGGAAGUUAGAUGCGGAAGGUUGAAGGCAUUUAGUUGUGCUACUGGCUAGUUAUCCUUCAUUUCCUUUCCACCCAGAGGAAUUGGGAGCACAGAGUGGUUUUUGAGAGUGGUUACUGUGGUUUUUGAGAGUGGUUACUGUGGUUUUUGAGAGUGGUUACUGUGGUUUUUGAGAGUGGUUACUGUGGUUUUUGAAAGCAAGGAUUGUGGCUUUAAAUAGUCUGAAAUCAUAGUGUUGUAUGCAUACACACCUGACAGGUGUAGGAUCAGGUUCCUCUCCCCCAAAUCCUAUAUUUUAGCAUUAGUGGGGAAAAUGCUAAACUGACACAAGAUCAGCAUCUAGGAGCAACUUCACCCUACACUUGCCCCUUCCCUGGGGGCUGUUCCAGAUAGCAGAUUCACUGAGGUACUGUCCUAAAUAUUCUCAACUAUCAUCAUUUUUUUGACAAAUAUAGACUUGGAAUUCAUAAUUUUUUUGACAAAUAUAGACUUGGAAUUGGUAGUAGUAGUACAUAUACAGGAAGGAGUGGCUUCCGUCUGGCUACUCUACCAUAAAGGAGUGCUGCAG